UUUAAACACAAAUUUUGGAGCCUCAGAGGCUGUGAAGAGAACAGUUCUGAUGGGUUUAGUCCUGUUCGACCAAGGAUUUGAGAAAUAAUGUAAAGAUGGGAUAGUUAGGAGGGGGAGGUUUGCGAGCAUACUCUAAAUGUGUGUUUUUGCGGAUUAACUUGUUUCGCCAAAUCAUUUUUCAGACUUUUUGGUCUGAGAAUCCAUUUGUGCUCUUAGAAUGUAUGGAGGACGCCAAAGAGCUUUUAUGUGGCUUAUAUCCGUUAAUUUUGUAAAAAAGUUUAUUUGAGAGGCGGAGUCACAGAGAGGCAGAGAGAGGAGGGAGGUCUUCAUUUCCCAGAUGGCCGCAGCAGACGGGGCUGUGCUGAUCUGAAGCCAGGAGCUUCUUCUGGGAGCAGGGGCCCAAGGACUUGGGCCAUCCUCCACUGCUUUCCCAGGCCAUAACAGAGAGCUGGAUUGGAAGUGCAGCGGCCAGGACUCGAACCAGCACCCAUAUGGGAGGCUGGCAGUGCAAGCAGUGGCUUUACCCGCCUUGGCACAGCGCCAGCCUCUCUGUAAAGAUAGUAAAAAUUAAAAGGAUAGAAAAUAUAAACUAUUUAGAAGUAAUAAUGGUCAACCUAAUUGUUUUUUAGAGGUUUAUUUACCUGAAGGAGUUGCAGAAAGAGUGAGAGACAGAUCUUCCAUCCACUGGUUCACUCCCCAAAUGGCCUCAUUGUCCAGGGCUGAGCCCAGCCCAAGUCCAGGAUCCAGAAGCUGCCUCUGGGUCUCCUUUGUGGGUGCAGGGACCCAAGCACCCGGGCUAUCCUCCGCUGCUUUUCCCAGGCCAUUAGCAGAGAGCUAGAUGGGAAGUGGAGCAGCUGGGACUCGAACUAGCAUCCAUAUGGGAUGCCAGCCUUGUGGGUGGCUGCUUAACUCCCUACACUACAAUGCAGGCCUCUCCGUGUUAACUUUUUUUUGUUUUAUAAAAAACUACAUUUUCCUAAACAAAAUUUAGUGUGAAGAAUGGUGGUGCUUUAUGUUUUUGCAAUUCUUUUUUCAUGUCUUAAUAGAAAACAGCUGGAUUCUCAUCGGUUUAUUUAACCUGUUGUAAUAUAUUGUUUUGAUAGAAGUACAAGGAUAUGAGAAAAUCCAACUGAAGGUAGUUGGAAAAGUGAGGGGACUUCUAAGGCAUUGGGGACCAUACUUUGAGAACUGCUGGGCUAUGUGAUUUCAUCUCAAAGUUAAUGUGAUUAUUUUUAGUGUUCUAAGUGAAGAAAAACUUUAUUUUUCUGAGAUCUUCAUUCACCUACUCUUGGUACUCUAUAAUUUUUUUCCCUAAGUUUUUCCCUGCUUACUCACCUUUCUCACAUUGACUUAAGUGGGAUCUGGUUUGUGGAACCCUCCUAGUUCUUUCACUUUCUUACCUAAAGCCCGUGUGUGUGUGUGUGUGUGUGUGUAAUCAAAGUUAAGAAAAAGAGAAAUUCAAAUCUCCAAUAUCAUUCCUGAGUGUAGAGCCAUAGUCAAUCAGUGUCGCUGUUCAAAAGAAAAUUGGUGGUCUAUAUUUACUGUCAGCUUUCAGUAUUUAUUAUUAUGGAAGAAGGAAAUUCAUCUGAAAUGGUUUCAGCAUUGACUUAUCCAAAGGUGACUUCCAGGUAUUCUGUUUUCAGAGCUUUUGUUUAAAAGCAGUAUUCUUUGUCACACUCCUACCUUGGAUUAAGGGGAACUGUUAUACAUCCCUGCUUAUAGAUUUUAUGUAUUUUAUUAAUUUAUUAAUGAUCCAUAAUUAUAUCAAGUAGGUUGGGAUUCCAGAAACACUCUUUGGUUUAGGAAGGUCUGAAUAGGUAAUGAAGUGGACCUAAAUAUUAUAAGAGUUUUUGUUUUUAGGUUGGUCAAAGCACCCUUAAUUUAAUGAAUGCGAAAAUGAAAAAGGAUGUUUUGAAGUGGUUAUAUAUGUAUCUUAUAAAAUACUAGGGUUGAUGUUGUACAGUGGGUUAAACAACUGCUUGGGAUGCCUGUGCCCACAUUCCUAGUUUGGAGAACCUGGGAUUGAGUUCUAGCUUGUCUGUUUCUGAUCCAAUUUGCAGCUAACGUGCCUGGGAGGCAGUAGAGUAUGGUCCAAGUACUUGGGUUCUUGUCUCCCAAGUAGGAGACUUGGAUAGAGCUCCUGACUCCUGGCUUUGGUUUGGCCCAGCCCCACCUGUUCAAGCAUUUGGGGAGUUAACCAAUGGACAGUGAGAGAGACAGAGACAAAGGUCUUCCUUCCGUUGGUUCACUCCCCAAAUGGCCACUAUGGCCGGCGCUGCGCCAAUCAGGAGCCAGGAGCCAGGUGCUUCUUCCUGGUCUCCCUUACGGGUGCAGGAGCCCAAGCACUUGGGCCAUCCUCCACUGCCUUCCCAGGCCACAGCAGAGAGCUGGACUGGAAGAGGAGCAACCGGGACUAGAACCCGGCGCCCAUAUGGGAUGCCAGUGCUGCAGGCAGAGGAUUAACCAGAGGCAAAGACAGUUUAGUUUCUGAGCUGAAUGAUGGCAGCAGUGCAGAAUAAAGAAGAAUGUGGAAAGGGACCAAAGAAAACCUUUGCCCCACCUAUACAAAAAUUACAUUUCCUGAAACCUUGUGGUCCUAAGGCACCAAAAGAAGAGGCCCUGGGGCCUAGUUCCCCAGAAGCAGAGGCCAGGCCAAGCCUGCCAAAGGCCAGGUUAGAGAUGAAUGAAGAGAAAACCACCACAGAGAAUGGCCCAAGCAGUGGCCAGGAAAAAAAAGGAAAGCCUCAAGACAACAAGCAAAACAAGCAAGCAGAGAAGAAAGAAAAGGGAAGAUCAAGUCUUACCAAUGCAGAAUUUGAGGAGAUUGUCCAGACUGUGCUCCGGAAGGCCCUGCAAGAGUGUGAGGCUGCCUGUUCAUGUGCACCCUGGGAGGCAGCAGAGUCUUCCUGUGCCCAGCUAGUAGUAUGUACCCAAUCAGACAAAGUGCCAGGAAUCGUUGCUUCUACUGGUAAUGAUACUGCUGAUGGAGAGAGGAUGAUGGUAAUUCAUACUCCGGAGAUUUCAGCCCCUCAGGAAGAUGAAGUUGCUCCUGAGUCAAGGGCAUCUAAGCGAGGCCAGCCAAAUCCUGCACCAUCUGAGAAGAAACUGAGUAGGCCGUGUUUAAGCAAAAGAAAGAAGGAAGCCCAAGAUGAGCAAGUGGAGAGAGUCCAAGGUGGACAUGAGCACAGACAGAAAGACCAACCAAAGAAAAUGAUUCAAGACCUUUCUCAGAUCAGGGGCAAGCAAAAAGAAGAUAAAAGUGGUUUUGGUCAAUAUCUAGUUUGGGUCCAGUGUUCCUCUCCAAACUGUGAGAAAUGGAGGAGGCUGCAUGGGAAUAUCGACCCCUCAGUUCUUCCAGAUAAUUGGUCCUGUGAUCAGAAUACAGACUUGAAGUAUAAUAGCUGUGAUAUUCCUGAGGAGACUUGGACGGGGUGUGAGAGUGAAGUGGCCUAUGCCACCUACAUUCCAGGAUCCAUCAUCUGGGCUAAGCAGUAUGGUUACCCCUGGUGGCCAGGCAUGAUAGAAUCUGAUCCUGACCUGGGGGAAUAUUUUCUUUUUGCCUCUCAACUUGAUUCCCUGCCGUCUAAAUACCACGUGACAUUUUUUGGAGAAACAGUUUCUCGUGCUUGGAUCCCUGUCAACAUGCUAAAGAAUUUCCAGGAGCUGUCCCUGGAGCUAGCAGGAGUGAAAAAGUGCAGGAACAAGGACUGCAGCCAGAAACUGGAGGCAGCUCUAAUGAUGGCUCAGCAGGCAGAACAGAUCAGCAUUCAGGAGCGGGUUAACUUGUUUGGUUUCCAGAGCCGAUACAAUGGAUCUGACAGCAGUGGGGAAGGGAAAGACUUAAGGCCCUCUGAGUCUAAUAGCCCAGAGUCCUGCUUGGAGAAAGAGGGGGAGGAGGAGUCAGAGAUAGAGGAGGAGUCAGAGUCAGAGAAAAAGGACCCAACUUUGCCCAGUCCCAAGCAAGCCAAAAUACGAACAAAAAAUCCCAAAUCAAAGGUGGAGUUUGUUGCAGGCAUGACCAAUGGACGAGGUGGGACCCUGCCAAAGAAGACAGUGAAGAGAUCUCUAGACAGUGAAUGUACAGCUCCUUCUACACCCAUAAUGCGAGGGGAAGAAGACCAAAGGAAUUCAGAUCCUGAUCAGCCAGGCCCUAAGAAAAAAUUUAAAGCUCCCCAAAGCAAGGCCUCAGCAACCAGUUUGGCUGAGGAAGAAGUUAGAACAGUGCCCAAGGGCCUGACCCCACAAGUGCAACGGAGGGCCUGUCCCUCGCUGGGGAAAAGACCCAGACUCCAGGAGCCAGCAGCUCAGGAGGCUGAAAUUCUCCCUCCUGAAGAUGAAGUCUCCAGUGACUUGGACCUGGAGCAACUCAUGGAAGAUACUGGAAAAGAACCAGAAGAGAGAGAGGAGCCUCAGCACAGAGACAGUGAAGAGGAGUUCAUGGCCCUCUUUGAGGAGUAGCUGUGCUCUCUUGCCUCCCUGGAGCAGGAGGAAGGUUGUUCAGUGGGGUCCUGAGACAUGGACAAAUGUUGAGCUGUUAACUGGCUAGAAGGUUCAAGUCAUGAUCAUGCAGUUUGUGUGUUAAUAAAGCAGGUUACUGAUG